CGGACAGAUUUUCAAACCGGACCUGCAAGAAGUCGGAGUGCUAAUCAUACCGCACUAAGCUAACAAACGUCCCGUGAUUGCCGUUGAAGCAGCCGUUAAAGCAGCCGUUAGCUCCGAGGAGACCAGCCUGGUGAAGCAGAGAUGCCCAAAAAGAAAACCGGUGCCCGUAAAAAGGCAGAGAGCCGGAAAGAGCGAGAGAAACAGAGCCGAGCCAACCGGGAUGUUGUCGAUGUGGCCAAACACCCCUGUAACGCCAACAUGGAAUGUGACAAGUGUCAGAGGAAACAGAAGAACAGAGCUUUCUGCUACUUCUGUAAUGCAGUACAGAAGCUGCCUGUCUGUGCUCAGUGUGGCAAAACCAAGUGCAUGAAGUCAUCAGACUGUGUUGUCAAACAUCCUGGGAUCCACAGCACUGGGAUGGCCAUGGUGGGGGCAGUGUGUGACUUCUGUGAAGCUUGGGUGUGCCAUGGCAGGAAAUGUUUGAGCACUCAUGCCUGCGUGUGUCCUCUGACUGAUGCAGACUGCAUCGAGUGUGAACGCAGUGUCUGGGAUCAUGGAGGGCGAAUCUUCCGUUGUUCCUUUUGUCAAAACUUCCUGUGUGAGGAUGAUCAGUUUGAGCACCAGGCAAGCUGCCAAGUCCUCCAGGCAGAGACAUACAAAUGUGUUUCCUGUAAUAGACUGGGGCAACACUCCUGCCUGCGCUGUAAGGCCUGUUACUGUGAUGAUCACGCCAAGAGUAAGGUCUUCAAACAGGAGAAAGGCAAAGCUCCACCCUGCCCCAAGUGUGGUCACGAGACCCAGGAGACCAAAGACCUCAGCAUGUCCACUCGCACGUUGAAAUUCGGCCGACAAGCUGGCGGCGACGACGACUACUAUUACGACGGAGCGUCAGGGUACGACUCCUACUGGAAGAACAUGGCAUCCGGAGGCGGCCAACAAGACGGCUACGGAGACGAUGAUGACUAUGAGGAAGAUGAGGAUGAUGAUGAUGAUGAGGAGGAGGAUGAUGAGGAAGAGGAAGAUGAUGAUGACGAGGAGGAAGAAGAAGGGGAAGAGGAAAAGGCUGCUGAUGCCAUGGCUGGUCUUAAAGUGGACGGGGCUGCCUGAGCUGAGACAGAGACUGGACAGCUCGGUCCUAUAGAUCCAGAUGAGCCGCGGCUGAUGUUCAGUUGUUACAGUGAAGGAAUCAACAGAGACAAACAUGACGAAUCCAAGAAACACAGUUGGCACUAGUACAGAAACCAUAUUUACAUUUUUGUAUGAAUCCCUUACUCUGAGAAAUGUUUCCUACAAAACCCACUCAUGCUGCCGCACAAGAACGAGAAGAUUAGUAGAAACUGACUGACUGAAAAUUAAGCAAACAAGACUAAAUAAAUAUUAAGAUUUUGUCACCCAUCCUGA